AUGGCAAAAACUGACAAUGGCAUACGCAUCUGUCAGGGUCUAUUAAUCCUGGGGAAUGUGGUCAUUGGGAUGUGCGGCAUUGCCCUGACAGCAGAAUGCAUCUUCUUUGUGUCAGAUCCCCAUGGCCUCUACCCUCUGCUGGAAGCCACAGAAAAUGAUGACAUCUAUGCUGCGGCCUGGAUUGGUAUCUUUGUUGGCUUUGCACUCCUCGCUCUGUCUAUCCUCGGCAUCAUUGGAGUCAUAAAGUCCAACAAGACCUUGCUACUGGUGUAUAUUAUUCUGAUGCUGAUCACUUAUGCAUUUGAAAUGGCUUCUUGCAUCACGGCAGCAACUCACCGAGACUUUCUUACUCCAAACCUCUUCCUGAAACAAAUGCUGGAAAGGUAUCUGAAAUCAGAUGCAGACAAUAACAAUGACAAAUGGAUGACCGAAGGGGUCACACAGACAUGGGAUAAUCUCAUGCUUCAGAACCAGUGCUGCGGGGUGAAUGGGCCCUCGGACUGGCAGGACUACACAUCUGCUUUUCGCGUGACACACAACGACGCCGACUUUCCUUGGCCACACAACUGCUGUGUCAUGGACAACCGAGGUGAACCCAUCAAUCUUGAUGGCUGCAAGCUUGGGGUCCCCGGCUUCUACAACAGCAACGGUUGUUACGAUGCUAUUUCUGGGCCACUGAACAGGCAAGCCUGGGGUGUUGCCUGGUUUGGUUUUGCCAUCCUCUGCUGGACUUUCUGCGUCCUCCUCGGAACCAUGUUCUACUGGAGCAGAAUUGCAUACUGA